UCCAAACUCACCUCUCGCCCUAAUUUUCGCGAAAACCCCUCUGGUUGGCUCCCAAGUCCCAAGUCCCCACACAUUCAUUUCUUGGAGAAAGCAAGUGAUUUUCUCACCCAAAAAUGGCGAAUCUGGACAUGGCCCUCGACGACCUAAUCAACAAGAACAAAACUUCGCGACCCGCCCCGCGUCAGUCCGGCCCGGGUCCCGCCCGCCGCUUCCCCGGCCGCUCCGCCAACCGCGCCGCCCCCUAUUCUUUCGGCGCCUGGGACCACGGUAUGUUCGCGGCGGCGCCGACCGCGUUCCCUGCUCGAGUGGGGGCUAGGGUUUCGUCGAUUGAGACGGGGACCAAGCUGUUGAUUUCGAAUCUGCAUCACGGGGUGACUGAUGAGGAUAUUGAGGAGCUAUUCUCAGGGAUAGGUGAGCUGAAAAGUUGUUCGAUUCACUAUGAUAGGAGUGGAAGAUCAGAGGGAACUGCAGUAGUAGUGUUUUGUCGACGUCGAGAUGCAGAGACUGCCAUAAAGAGGUACAACAAUGUCCAGCUGGAUGGGAUGCCUAUGAGAAUCGAGCUUGUGGGGAUGAACAUGGACCCGCGUCCUAUGAUUCCUCCAGAUAUGCAUGCCGGGUAUGCGAAUAACCAGAGGAAUCCUCCACGAGUACAAGGAAGAGGUGAUGCUGCUGCAAGACGAGGCCAAGGUAGUUUUCGUGGCUCAAGGAAUGAACGUGUGGGGCCCAUUAGAGGUCGUGCUGAGAAAAUAUCUGCAGAAGAUUUGGAUGCUGAUUUGGAGAAGUACCUUGCCGGGGCAAAAGGAACAAACUAGAGCAUGUUUGAUUUGUUUUUUGUGUAUGGUUUUUUCGGAAGGCUUUUUUGGGAAGUUUCGUGUAGAAUUUAUAUCUGCUGGAGUUGAUAGCAUGAAUUUAUCUUUGUGAGGAAGCUAGAGAUUUUCAUAAUAUAGAGGACUUGUUUGUAGACAACUGAAUCAAAACCAGUUAAUUUUGCACAAUGCAGGCUUGUUACGUUUGCUCUGGGACUUUGAUGGCUUUUGCUUGAUUGUUGCCAUAAAUUUUCUAAUUAGUUUAUGUGUGCAUUGUGAAAUGUCGUUUCAGGAUGUGGGGCAAAUUUUGAAAAUUCAAUUUCA